AUGGCUACUAGUAGGGAUGACAGUUCUGGUUCUAACAGUGAUGAUGAAGUGCUAAUCCCUUCUGAUAGUGAGGGUUUGGAUCCUACAGAGAAAAUGGACUUUUCAGAAGGACACGUUAGUUCACAUGGUGGACACUUGGCAAGUAAUACUUCCACUCCUGGUGAAGGUAUGACUUUUGAGUCUUAA